AUGACCUUACAGGUUCCACGAAGUGCACCAGACCUGCGGCGAUUGUCCUGUGUUGAGAUUUCUUACCGCACUAAAAGAGGAAGUUCCUUAACUCCUGCAAUAGAAAAGUAUACGCACGUUCAAAAUAUUUAUUCUCUCACCGCUGUUCGUCGAAAUAGCCAGCAGCGGCCUUUAGAAAACCUCCAUGUUCCUUACAUGAAAGACCCAAAGUAUAAAAAAACCAAGCGAUCUCAUUCUAUGCAAAGUUCGUCUCGUCUUAUUAACUGUGAUUCAACAAGCACGUUGCUCUUCCGACAGAGAUUCGCAAGUUACCCGUCUGAUGUCAGAGCCUUAGAAGAUUCCAGAUUUUCGAGUUUUGUUGGAGGUGAUGGUUGCUAUCAAAGGCUACGAAACUUUUCCGUGACGUCUAAAGGAGUGUUAAACCAAGGGGAUUCUUUCCGUUCAUCUCCUUGUAACUUAUCGUCACUUGUAUCGCAGGUGCACUCGGGUUUCGAGAACAAGGACAACGUCCUCAAUUCUCCAACCAUCCUUCACCACUCUUUCAUCGGAGAGAGGGACAUUCCUGUCACCACCUAUACGGUGAUAGUAACUGGAAGCUCCGAAGUUGGGAAAUCUUUUCUAACUCAACAGUUUACUACGUCUGAGUAUAUGUGUACAUACGACAAUAUGACCGAAGAAGGAGACAAUACUGCAGUAACCGUGGUGCUAAAUGAGGAAGAAUCCACCUUAGUUUUUACAGAACAAACCCUGGUGGAUGAUGAGCCACCAUGUACAAGUUACAAUGCGAACUGCCAUGUGGUCGUCUAUUCUACAGCAGAUCGCUCCAGUUUUCAAAGUGCCAAAUGUUUUCUAGACAAGCUAUCAGAUUCGGAAGGCGUCACUCAGCCUAUCGUUCUAGUAGGAAACAAAACCGACCUGGUCCGUUUGCGCUCAGUCACCACAAAUGAGGGCCGAAAGCUAGCAAGGGAAUAUGGCUGCAAAUUCAUCGAAACGUCAGCAUGUAUUAAUUACCACUUGGAUGAGCUUCUUGUUGGAGUUGUGACUCAGAUUAGAUUAAAAAUUCAACGCGAACAACAAAAUCAGAAGAAAAAAACAUCAAUCAGGCCAGAAAAAUCAGAAUAUAAAAAGAAUGACGACUCUUUAAGGUCGAAUAAUAGAACCCUUUCUCUCAGAAAACUAUUGGAAAGAUUAUUUCGAAAAUCACGAUCAUGUGACAACUUCAACGUGCUCUAAAUGAACUGAAGAAUUACUGAAGUGUUCACUCAUACAAGAUUUAAUCCAUCUAUGAAACUUAUGUAGUUCGAUUUUAUUGGAAAAUACGAGGACAUCAAGAGGAAUAAGUAGCCACCGUAUUUCCUGAAAACAAGAAUAACAAAACAAGCAAACAAUAAGCUGUUAAAAAGAGUCCAGUUCGUUAAGCUGACAUUGCCCUAUUAACGUUGAAACACCGUUAUCAGUGUAAGAUACAUUAGCACACAUGUUUCUUUAGAAAAGUUUAUGUGUGGCGAAGUGUAUAUCGUGCCGGACUGUGUAUGCAAGAGUCCGUAGCUGUGUUCUUUUAACGGAAAAUCACCCCAACAUUCUGGGGCUGUGACAGUCAAAUGUCAUUAUUGGAUUAAAGUAGUCCAAGAACUGGCAGUGGGUGCUGUUGACUAGUUGCUGCACCUCUCGUCUAUCGGUUCACAAUCAGGAGCAGCUGGCACUUGUGUAGUAGUUUUAUGUAAAUAUUAGAAACAAACCAACCUCGUUGAA